AUGGCAGGAAUUAUCACAUCAAAAUCACGAAGCAUACCUAAGGUGCUUUAUCAUCCUAACAGUGGAGUAACUCAUCCCAUUGGUGAAAUCGAUACGAUCCGUAUGGGCCCAUACAAAAUAUUCUGGAAGACAGGUGGUACAGGUGGAACAUCUCGCAGUUGUAACGGCAAAGAAGCACCACAAGUAUCUCACAACCCACCGCUUGUGUUUAAUCUGGAGAAAGAUCAAGCCGAAAGCACUCCGAUUACCGCGCAGACCGAUCCAGAUUAUCUGAAAAUUCUAGAAUCAGCCGAAAGCCUGAGAUCAAAUAUUAUUGCUGAUAUUAAAGCAGACAACACAUCUAAAGCUGAUUAUUCAACGUCACCCACAGCUUAUCCGUGCUGUGAUUCAACAAAAUUCAUGUGCCGAUGUAAAAGAGAUGGCUAUUUUUAA